AUGGGGAGGAAGGAAGGAGGGGAAAUAAAUGAGGAAGAAAAUUCUACUGCAACCAAGGUAAAGGAAGGUCAAAACUUGCUGGGCUUGCCGACUUUCAAGCCACUGGAUAAUGGGCGCUUCAAAUGCGUGGAGACAGGCCAUGAGCUGCUGGCGCACGCCAGGGACUCUUACGGCCAAAGCAAGCACUGUAGAUUAGGCCUAAUCGACUCCGCCCUUGCCAAAAAGAGGCCCCCUCUAAACAUGUUCAUUCAGGACCCUGUUUCACGUUCAAAGUUGAAGUGCAAGUUAACUGGAGUCACUAUCAAUAAAACAGAGGAGCAUAUAUGGAAGCAUAUCAAUGGAAAGCGCUUCCUCAACAUGUUAGGUUCGACUUUCUAA